AUGGAUGAAAACCAAGAUGAACAGAACCAGUACCAGUUGUUACUUGGUCGUAUCGAGCCAGCUGUCCGACGAUCGACAAAUAGAAGCCCUCCCUAUUUCUGGGGCGAAGCCAGACACGAAGGGGGGCAGGAGACCGGCUUCCCAAUCCAUAGGGGAUAUGCAGAGAUACGCAGCAUCAUCGAAGACGGCAGAUUAGAGUUACUUGAGGAUCUUGCGAACACUGCUAUACAGUAUAUCACACGAGAAUUUGAGUGCCUCGAGUCUUCCAAGGAAGGAACCGAUAAAGGCUUCGUGGAGCUGCAUCUCUCCGAGGAUCUGCAAAAAUGGCGAAGGGAGCAGCACUAUUCUGGACGCACUUUGCCCAGCAAAGGUUACGGCCUCGCUUCCGCCUCGGACAAGGUGGUUCAGCUUUUUGGUGCGGAGAAAUGGCCGAAACCACUGACCACCACCAAUGCGCUAUUUGGCAGCGGAAUGAUGAACAUGUUGAUCGGGGCAUAUGAUGCUGAAACUCUCUACUCCAAUUAUUGUACCGACAUGGCUUUCUACUAUGAGCACGGUUACCAUGAAGCUUUCCCGGAGUUUGAAGAGACGAUCAAGUUGGCGGUUAGCGAUCACCAUGCAGUGCAUACUCCAGGCGGUGCCGAAAGGAGGGCAGCUGUCGAGAUCGGAAUGAAGUACAUAAAGGCGAAGGUCGCUCUAGAAGAGGCGCACAAAUCGGAAUUGGCCAAUAGGGUGGCUAAGUUGAACAGACGAGAGGCUCAAGUCAUAUUUUGCUUCGAAUGCAGCUUGUUGGGUAUGGCUAAAGAGACCAUGGUGCGUGGUUUUGAUUGCGGUGCAGUGAUGAGCGACAUGAUCUUCAGCAGUCCCGGGACAGACGUCGUCGACGUGGGCUCUGAUCUAAUCAACUCGGAGUUGGUGAACUCCUUCCUAAACACGGCCGACAUGACUUCGACAGGCAUAGUCACCGAGGAAGCCCUACGGAGGGUGUAUGACGCUUACGCUCAUACGGGCUCCAGAAUGCUAUGCGAACGCUGGAUGGAACCGAUGGCGCGCAUGUGCUCCGUACUAUUCACAUGGCAUAUCCAGAACGACAGACACCGAUUCUUCCGACGUGCUCUGCUUGGCUACCCCAAGGCGCGUAAGACGGCAGCGGAACCGCGCGAGGCAGAUUUUGACGAAGCCUUUGACCCUGAGCUGCGCACUACUGGCUUCAGCAGACCGCUGCAAGGGGCUUGUAAUGGCGGCGACCCCUGUGAUCAAGUGGAGGGGUACCUACGUGCACACGAUGAAAGUGACGGCUUACUUGCUGAGCUCUGGCUGUGUCUGAGUACGAAACCAAUGCAAUAUGUUUCCAAGGGCGUUGUGGACGCGGAGAUAGAGGAUGGCUUGUCUGAGAGGCUCCUGCUGACCAUGGCCCGGGCGUACUCACUUGGGUUCGCAGAUGAGAUGGCAUGGCUGCUCGCCCAUGCUGGACAUCAUGCCUGGCAGGUGAAUCGACUCUUUGAAGCAGCAAUGUUUGGCAGUCUCCUAGACGACGGUGACUUGCGGGGUAAGCUUGAUAGGUAA